AUGACCGGCCGGUGGUGUCCUUUGGUCAUCGCGAAUGAAAUCGGCCUGCCGCUCAAUGAUGCGCUUCACAAGCGCUUCAUGAGUGCCACAAUUGUCUGGCCAAAGGGACCUUCUCGGCACACGCGGCCGCGCCCGCUGCGAUCGUUCUCGAUGAGGACCUUUGCUCCCAAGGAGUGCCCAGCCGUUGUUGCAGGAAGGACUACCAGUCCCGAAACGCAUACUAUUACCGGCACCUUGAAGAAAAGCAUCCGACAUAUGUUCUACCUGAAGAUUGACCAAAAAUAUCAUUUUGUCAUCCGGGCUGCGGACAAUAAUCUCACAUAUUUUCUGGUCACCAUACCCCACCCUUGUCUAUCUUCUCCCGUCCAUUGUCUGGCCAAAGUGACUUUCUCGGCACACGCGGCCGCGCCCGCUGUGAUGGUUCUAGAUGAGGACCUUUGCUCCCAAAGAGUGCCCGGCCCUCAUACCGACGCCGAGCAGCAGCAUCCGGCUGAACCAAAUGAUUUUAUUCGGUUGGACCAAUCGGGCUCCAAUGGAGCUGAAGGCAGCCAGCCGCCUCAGCUCGCAGAUGCAGAUAUUUUCCCUGGAAUCCAACAAUCGGCCUCCGAAGCAAUGAUGACGACAGCGCCUCCGGCGGCCCCCACGGCUGCCGAUCCGCUGUCAUUUCUCGACCGGGCUUAUGGUGUCUGCCGGUAUCAAGGAUGCGGCAAAGGUUUUUAUCCUGAUCCUCGCCGCCAGGACAACCUUACUAGGCAUGGACAGACACACCAAGGCCACUCAAAAGUUGUCAACAAAUGA